AUGGAAGAAGAUAAAAAGAAAGUAUUUUACUUCCCAGAAUAUAAUGAAAGUACGAAAGAAUUUGAAUGCAAUGAUUAUUCACAAGUACAAGCUAAAACUUCUCAUACUACCAUCGUUGAUCAAAUCGCAGAGUUUGGUGCUCUUGCAGGAUUAUUUUUUAACGUGGCCGUUUAUGGUGUAACUUCUAAACUCGAUUUUAAAGCUACUUGCAUUGUUGACGAUUUUUUAAUUCUCACAUGUCUUAUUGUACCCAUUAUUUCUUGGUUCUUUUCUGCUAAAAUU